AUGCUCUGUCGUAUACUCAGCGUUAGCAGUUUGCUGCUCACCGCAGCCACAGCAUGGAAUACAGAUGUGCACAACCAGAUUGGUUUCAUGGCGGAGACGUUUCUCACGCCUUCGACCACCUCCGUUCUGCAGCAUGUACUCGGGCCACAAUACAGCGGCUCGAUAGGCCGGGCGGCAGACUGGGCAGAUGCAUACGCCCACACGGCUGAAGGCAGUUUCUCAUACCAGUGGCAUUGGAUUGACUCAGCGGACGAGCCGCCUACAUCCUGUAAUCUUUGCUACGACCGCGACUGCUCAAAAGGCGGCUGUGUUGUGUCAGCCAUUGCGAACCAGACCGAGAUUCUACGCGACUGCAUCGCGGAUGUCAAGCAUGGUAUUUUGACUGACGGCAGCAACAUCACCUGCUCGUAUGCCCUCAAAUGGCUCACGCAUUUCGUCGGAGAUGUUUCACAACCCUUACAUGCCUCGGGCACCGCAGCUGGCGGGAACCUCUUCAACGUGACCUUCAACAACAUCUCCACUGAGCUUCAUGCUGUCUGGGACGGCUACAUAAUCUACAGGGACGCUGGACUCUCUCAAUUCUCCCACCAGUCCAUCUCGCCCUUCAUGAGCUCUCUCGUUUCGCGCAUCAAGGCGGAUGACUUCUCCCAGCCCACUGCAGAAUGGCUAGCCUGUAUCGAUCCAGCUACACCCCGUAAGUGCGCGCUCAGCUGGGCGCGUGAGAGCAACCGCUGGACCUGCGAUUACGUCUACAAUCAGACGUACAACGAUACAGACCUCGCAACAAGCGGGUAUGCUGAGGGCGCCUACCCGAUCGUAGAGUUGCAGAUCAGCAAGGCGGCUCUUAGAUUGGCGACGUUGUUGAACAGGCUGGUAGCCAGUGGUUGUAAGACGGGCCAUGAGGUAGUGCUGCAGACGAAUCACAACCGGCAGGACAGCCCUAAGGAGGCGGAUGAUGUGUUUACAUAG